AUGGCGGCAUACUGUGACGCGGUCCGCCAGCUCGAGCACAAGUUCGAUGGUCUCGAGCUCAACCACGUCGCGAGAUGCUUCAAAGAGGCAGCUGACGAGCUAGAAAAAGUGGUGUCUGGCCAGAAGCCAGUCCCCGAUGGUGUCUUUAUCAGUGACCAGCAUAAGCCCUCGAUCCACUACGAGGAGCCAGGAGAGGUCGGCAACGCGCCACCUGUCCCGGACUCGGGAGCUGACCCUUCCGACCCUAAGGUUAUGGAGAUCGACACAGAUCCAGCAGAGGGGGCCGACCCCCCGCCUGACUGGAGAGCCCCGUACCUUGAUUACCUCAUCUGCGAGUUGCUCCCGACGAACAAGACAGAGGCGCGAAGGAUCACCCGCCGCGCCAAAUCCUUCAUCGUCAUCGAUCGGGAACUCUACAAGCGGAGCCAUACCGGCAUCCUGCAACGCUGCAUCCCAAUCGAGUAG